CUGUGGGUUGCCUGGUCGUCGUGCUGAGAGUGCUGGACUGAGUGGGUUACAAUGCAUCCACUCUGGUGGUCGUUGAUGUACCCGAAUCGGACGAGACGUACGAAGGACUGCUUUGCUGGACGGACGAAGUUCUCGCGAACACUCCAGUUCACACCGAGUGCGAUUCGGACGUCGAUGAUGCGGUUCUCAUCCGGUCGUCGCGUCAUGCGCUCCCCGAGGGUUGGCUGAAUAAUCGGACAGCGCGGGGCCAUCAUAUAAAAGCAGGGGUCGGCUUUCAGAGCACGCUGAGAAUCCGAGAACUCCCCGGCAUCCACAGAUCUUUCUUAUCGUCACCCAUCAGGACACUCUCGACGACGCGCAUCGCAAUGGCUGAGGAACAGGUCAAGCUUGAGUACGAUGUGAAGAACAUGCCCUUCCGUCGCCUGGGCCCCAGCGGCCUGCGCGUCCCGCUGUUCUCGCUCGGUGGCUGGAUCACCCUUGGUGGUAGCAUUGUUGGCGACCACGUCAAGGAAAUUAUCAAGACCGCCUACGAGAAUGGCAUCAACAUGUUCGACACGGCAGAGGCCUAUGCGAGCGGCAAGUCCGAGAUUGAGAUGGGUCGCGCUUUCAAGGAGCUCGGCUUGCGUCGUACCGACUUGAUUGUCACGACCAAGAUCUUCUUCGGUGUCCGCGAAGGUCCCAACCAGCGCGGUCUCUCUCGCAAGCACAUCAUCGAGGGCACUCGCGAGUCCCUCGCCCGCCUCCAGCUCGAAUACGUCGAUGUCAUCUUCGCGCACCGCCCCGAUGUCAACACGCCCAUGGAGGAGAUCGUCCGCGCCUUCAACUAUGUGAUUGAGAAGGGCUGGGCGUUCUACUGGGGCACCUCUGAGUGGUCCGCGCAGCAGCUCGAGGAGGCGUUCCACGUCGCGUCGCGCCUGAAUCUAAUCGGCCCUGUCGCCGAGCAGUGCCAGCACCACAUGUUCCACCGCGAGCGCCCGGAGAAGGAGUACGCGCCGAUUUACCGCAACUACGGCGUUGGCACGACCGUCUGGUCCCCUCUUGCGUACGGUCUGCUCACGGGCAAGUACAACAACGGCGUGCCGGAGGACUCGCGCCUUGCGAAGGAGCCGUUCUUCAAGGAUACGAAGGAUGGCUUGUCGAACGCUGAGGGUCAGGCCAAGAUCGAGAAGGUCAAGAAGAUCACCACGAUCGCUGAGAAGCUCGGUACCACCACCGCUGCUCUCGCUCUCGCUUGGGUCGCUCGUCAUCCCAAUACCUCCACUGUCAUCCUCGGCGCGUCGAAGCCGGAGCAGAUCAUCGAGAACCUCAAGGCCAUCGAGGUCUUGCCGAAGCUUACGCCAGAGAUUUUGGCGGAGAUCGACGAUAUCCUGCAGAACAAGCCGGCGCCUUUGCCUACGUUCCGCAUCGCUCCCCUCGACCCGUACGGCGCUAAGCCCACCAAUAUCUACUAAGCUGGCUUGGAGUGAUGGGCGCCUGUGUUACAGAGUCUACAUCGGAGAGCAAGGAAUGAAAUGAAAUGUACAAUAUACCAUGGCUGCGCACCGGCGACAGAGGCUUGACGAGACUGCCACAACUGAAUUUACUGAAAGCGCUGAGCCCGCGGCGAUACUUGAAGGGAC